GAGCUGGUGUACAUGUACAUGUAUGACAGGACGAGCGCUUCUACCGUCGGAGUCCAGGACUGCACUGUCUGCAAAAAAAAGAAGAGAUAACACGGAAAUGUAUAUGAGAUAACUACUCCGAUCUUAAAUUCUUUAAUCUGCAGAAUAACACAGGAAAUCUUCCAAAGCACUGGAAUUUAUAGUCUGGGCGUCUUCAGAGUACAGCAAAUCCGAUGAGGAACGACCUCUGUUGACCCAAAGACAUUGGUUGGCAAAGCAGACGAGUACUUCCGUGGGCGUUGCUGUUUGCUAGUCUCUCAUUGAACAGUGGUUACGUAACAUAUCAUUACGCAUGCACACUUAUCUUUGUCACGGACCAGUAACGGCUUUUCGUAUGCGAUACCGUUACACACGUAUUAUGUGGGUGUACAUGUAGAUGUGCCAAGUGCCGACCUGCAGACUGUGAACGUGGCAUCAGCACAUAACGGACCGAUUAACCUCCUCACCUUCAGAAGGACAUCGAGAGAUCAAGCCUCUCCAUCGAUUGUACACUCAUUUAAACACUUGUUUUGUUCAGAACAAUACGAAGUGGUGUGAAAUAUGGCUGCGCUACAAUUAAAUGUGGUAGACAUCAUUGUUAUCUGCGCCUAUUUUCUCUUCGUUCUGCUCGUCGGGUUAUGGGCGUCCUUCCAAUCCUCCCGCGGAACACUGAAGGGAUACUUCUUGGCAGGGAAGAACAUAGUAUGGUGGCCCAUAGGGGCCUCGUUAUUUGCUAGCAACAUCGGUAGUGGUCAUUUCAUCGGCUUGGCAGGCACGGGGGCCGCGUCUGGACUCGCUGUCGGUGCCUUCGAAUUCAAUGCCAUGUUUAUUCUUCUGCUGCUUGGCUGGAUAUUCGUGCCCGUCUACAUGUCAUCUGGGGUUUUUACUAUGCCUGAAUAUCUACGGAGGCGUUUUGGUGGACAGCGUGUUCGUGUCUACCUUGCCUGCCUGGCACUGCUGCUCUCUGUACUGACCAAAAUAUCGGUUGAUAUGUAUGCCGGGGCUCUGUUUAUUCAGGAGUCUCUGCAAUGGAACUUGUACGUUGCCAUCGUGUCGCUUCUGGCUAUAACCGCUCUGUACACGGUGGCUGGUGGUUUAUCAGCUGUUAUCUACACGGACGCGUUGCAGACCGUUGUUAUGGUUAUUGGUACCUUCAUUCUUAUGAUACUAAGUUUCCAACGUGUCUCUUGGGACGAACUACACAUCCUGUACCCCCAAGCUAUCCCCAACACCACCUUGGCUAAUCCGAAUUCCACUUGCGGCUUCCCACGCGAAGAUGCUUUUCAUAUCUUCAGGGAUCCUGUCAACUCGGACCUUCCAUGGCCAGGAAUGAUCUUUGGUAUUACUAUCUCCUCCAUCUGGUACUGGUGUACUGAUCAGGUGAUUGUCCAGCGUACAUUGGCUGCUAAGUCAAUUUCCCACGCAAAAGGUGGCACGGUCUUUGCGGGUUUCUUGAAGACUCUGCCUAUGUUUCUCAUCGUCUUACCUGGCAUGAUAAGCCGCAUACUCUUCCCCAAUGAAGUAGCAUGUGCCACGAAGGAAACUUGUCUGGCAGAAUGCGGAAGUGAGACCGGAUGCUCGAACACAGCAUUCCCCAAACUUGUCCUAGACGUCAUGCCUGCAGGUUUACGCGGCUUGAUGCUGGCUGUUAUGCUGAGUGCCCUCAUGAGUUCCCUGACGUCUAUUUUCAACAGCAGCAGCACCAUAUUUACUAUUGACAUAUGGCGGCGGAUCAGGCCACGUGCAAGCGAAACAGAACUGAUGAUUUGUGGACGUGUUUUUAUUCUUGUGAUGGUUGGAAUCAGCAUUCUGUGGAUCCCUAUAAUCCAAGCAGCUCAAGGAGGUCGCCUUUUCGACUACAUACAAUCAAUAACGAGCUACCUGUCACCUCCCAUCUGCGCUGUGUUCAUCCUCGCGGUUGCUUGGUCUAGGAUAAAUGAGAAGGGGGCGUUUGCUGGUUUGAUGGUUGGACUCGUUGUUGGUAUGGUCCGCAUGAUACUUGACUUUGUCUACGCUGCUCCCAGCUGUGGGGAGGAGGACACCAGACCAGGGAUUGUAGCAGAUGUCCACUAUCUGUAUUUUGGCAUACUUCUGUUCGUCAUCUCCUUCGUUGUGACGAUCGUUGUCAGUCUGUUCACUAAACCUAUCCCAGAAAAAUACCUGGUUCGACUGACUUGGAUGACUCGUCACAGUGAUCUAGAGAGGGUUGAUCUUGCAAUCUCAGACAUAAGGCUUGAGAAUAAAGAAGAGAAAACGCCCAUGCGUGGCGAGGACGAGGAGGAGGGAUUCAACAAAGAAACGGAAAAACCACGAAUUGCUCGACGUGUGGUAGACUGGCUGUGUGGCACUGGAAAACAAGACAAGGGUGAUGGUCUGACGGAAGAACAAAGGAAAGAAUUGAUGAAGAAAAUGACAGACAUCAAAGAGACCCGUAAGGAGACCAUCAUACUGAAUAUUGCCGCUAUACUGCUCAUGUGCAGCAGUAUCUUCUUCUGGGCAUUCUUCGGCUAAGACUGCUUUGGAAUUGAUGAAAAAAUAUAUCCACACCAUAGAGGUUCCUUGUCUUUUGUCUGAAGAUCAUUUUGUAUAUAAGCAGGUUUUUUUUCGGCAGCAUUUAAUACAUGGGGAAAACAAACAAGUAUAAACACACAUUUCAUGGACAAAACUAGCAUGUCUCAUAUAGUGGCGUUGUUUAUCAAUCAUAUCUCACAAUAUGAAGGGGGCUUUUCUAAAAGUGCAGGUGUGGGAACAGGACAUAAGCCUACAUCUUCGUAGCUACGAUGCAAAAGGGGAGGGGAGUAUAUAUACAGAUCAGAGAAUUCCCCCUUGCGCUCCCGGAUGCUAUCUUGGAAGGCUUUUUUUUUUAAAACUUAUUCGCUAUUUUCUGUAGUUAAUUGUUUGCAUGCUCGGAAAAAUGUAUGCAGAUAAACAAAAUUAGUAAACGGAAUAAUUACAUUUAAUGACAAAUUGGAAUUGUGUAGGCAACGAAGCUAUUGAAUGGUAUUUUGCACAUAACAAUCAAUGAAAUUUAGUAUUCAUCUUAGAAUAGGAGACCAACCAAUAAUUAUGAAAUUAUUACCUUUUCCAUAUUUUGUUAAUUUUACGUAUAUUAUAUACUUGUUGUUAGCACAAAGUAAGAAAUGUGUAUAUCACAUAACUGCCAGAUUGAAACUUUGUUGUGCGGUCCACGCUCAGCAAAGUCAGUGGGAUAGAUAGAGAAUUGUAUAUAGCAGGACUACGUCUUCACCCCAAACUCGGCUUUAUUUUCUAUAAAGUCCACUUUGCAGUUCAUCGUUUUUCUUAAAUUUUGCUCUAAAUGAAUGUAUAAGCUUUUGAUCUAUCCAACAAGCAUUUGGGAUUAACGAUGUACCUUAUUUUAAUAGGUGAAAACUUAUACUAUAGUGAUAUGUAACUGACAUGCCGUGUGUAUUGUGCUGUAUGAAUUGCAAAUUCAAGUGUGCUUUGUAACAUUAUAUAAUGUUUAUGUUCCAUACACCAUGAUUUCCAUUCACCGAUCAUGUAAGUUCAGAAUGGCAUUUGGGCCAUAUUGUUUUACUGUUGGGGCGAUCGUUCAUCUGGAAAGACGGGAACCAAACAAUUCAAAAUGUUGGCAUUGGAUACAUAGCUAUAAUUCAACAGGGUAAUCCGGCUGAUUGAAGUAGUUCUUCCGCCCAAUUAAAAUGAUAGUCCGGUUGUCAUUUAAAUACUACAUUUAUAUAGAUUUAUACAUUAAUUUACUAAAAUGAGGGAAAUGACAACAUUUAUAUUCAACAUUUACAAUGAGAAUCCACGCACUCUCCGGCAGAAUUCGUUUGAGUAAUCGCGAGCGGUUAAGUCAUCAUAUGAGUUUCUAAAUCAUUGUUGAGCCAGUUCUUAGUGGCUGAGCGUUCAUUAACAGAUAUAAACAAUCAAAGAUAGUCUUUUCAUUUUGUCCGUUAGUUGACUUAGAUGGCACGUAGACCUACAUUUGAACUUCCCAUCAGUAUGAAUUUUAAGAAGAGCUUCCCUAUAUAAACGUUCAUUUAUUUUUAAUUUACUUUGAUUACAUUAUAAUGUUAAAAUAUUUCUAAAACUUGUAGUAAUACUCGACUUUGAUCGAAUGAGAGAAAAUUUCAACUAUAUCGAUGGUAAAUCUGAAAUUGAACUGUUCAUCAAUGCAAAUUGGGUCUUCCCUAAUGAAUGACGUUUUUAGAAAUGCAUGUAGAAUAUUUUAUCAAUGUAAUUUAACAAUAAAUUAGGAUUGCGCAGAGUCUUAAA